AUGUAUGAGGAUACUAAGGAUUCAGCCGUGCUGCUGCUUAAUUCAACUGCUACUGAUAUAAAGAACAUACCGUCAACUAAAAUGUAUAGAAAUACGUCUAGGGAGACAUCUGAAGAUGAAUUCGGAGCACAGGAGCUUCAGGUGCAUGAUUCAGCCAGGAUAACGAAAACAAAUUCCAAUAUAAGUGAACUUUCUAGGGUUAUUAGUGGUAUUAGAGAUGAUCGUGAAAUGGAUCAGCUUGAAUAUCAAGAGUAUUCGACUAGACCAGAAACAGAACAGGUUAUUUUGGAAGAACUUGAUCGGGUGCUGCGUGCCACCACGAGACGGAAGUCGGACCAAGAGUCACAACGAAACGAGUACCCUGAAGAAGAAGAUGAGGAAGAAGAAGAUGAUGGGCCAGCUAAAGAUCAAGGUUACGCAUGGGUUGUAGCCUUUAUGACACAGCUUUGUAUAUUUGCUACCUGGGGGUCUAAUGCAGCAUGGGGGGUUUUAAUGUCUAAUGCCAAACUACCGGGAUCUGAUUUCCCUGUAGCACUGCAGAUGGAUUAUGCAAUCAUUGGAUCAAUGGUUGUUUGUUUUGCACAAGCAUUAGCACCUUUCAGUACUAUUCUUUAUAAGAUAUUCGGCCACUACUACGUUUUCAUAAUUGGUAUUAUACUUCAAACCGUUGGCUAUAUAUUAUCGAGUUUUGCAACUAAAGUCUGGCAUUUAUACAUUACCCAAGGUUUAUUGAUUGGGUUAUCAUUCACCCUUAUUUUCUUACCGGCAACACUUAUUUUGUCUACAUGGUUUGACAAACGAAAGUCAAUGGCAAUGGGUAUUGCUGUUUCUGGUGCUGGUAUUGGUGGGGUUGUAUUUUCAUUGAGUUUAAAUAAAGUUAUUAAAGAAACCAAGGAUCAAAGAUGGGCCUUUAGAUUAUUGGCAAUUGUUGAUUUUAUCGGAACCAUAAUUCCUUUAAUUACCUUAAAACCCCGAAAUCAAAAAUACCUACCUUUAAAAGAAACAUUAAAUUGGGAAACAUUAAAACUCAAUUUUAAAGUAAUUUUUGAUAUUAAAGUUUUCAAUAAUUAUCCAUUAUGUAUUCUAGCAAUUUGGUUUGGUUUUGCUAUAUUAGGAUACAUUCUUAUGUUAUUUACUUUAGCAUCGUACGGAGUUUCUGCUGGACUCAGUGCAUCUCAAGCCUCAAAUAUCACUGCUAUAUUGAAUGCAUUUCAAUCUUUUGGUCGACCCUCAUUAGGAUAUUUUGGAGAUACCAUGGGACGUAAUAACUUACUGACGUCGGUUUCGUUAUUGAUUUGCAUUUUAUUAUUAGCAUUUUGGAUAAAUGCCACUAGUUAUGCUUCACUUAUAGUGUUUAGUUGCAUUUUAGGUUUUUUCAUUGGUAUUGGUAGUACAAUGUGUCAAUCAAUGGCUGCGGAUAUUAUUGACACUCAAAAUAAAUUACCUGCCGCCUGGAGUGGAUUGAAUAUUGUUGUUGGGCUCUUUUCAAUGAGAAUGGUUGGUGAGAAGAACUUUCAAAUCAAGACAUUUGAAUGCGUUAUCUUCAUUGAAAAAAUGUUUUAUCCAAUCCGAGUAUAA